AUGAUCCAGGACCACAAACCGGUCUCAUCACUCACACGAAGGAGCAGCAGCGACCAAGAGGACAACCUUGCAUCCCUAGACCCCAACCCCAUAAACCCUACUGCGACAACAACGGCAACAAAGCGGCACGUUGCAACGAUACCCAAGCCCAUUUCUCCAAACCCCGCACCCAUCCCCGACGCAGCAGCACAGGGCGACCCUGUCCGAGCCAAGACGGACAAGCCUCGGCCGACUGGAUCGCUUGUAGACCUUCUUGUGGCGAAUCGGUCGUACUGGACACUUGCGGUCAUUUUGCUUGCUGCCCUUGUUGUCAUUAUUCCCCAGGCCCACGAGCGCCUACCAUGGCCUAACAACAUCACUUCGGCACACUGCAAAAAGGCACAUCCAGGAAGACCUCUAGUCCAGUAUGUCCUCAUGGUCGACGCUGGAUCCAUGGGCUCUCGGAUUCACGUCUACAAGUUCAACUAUUGCAACGCUACACCUGAGCUGGAAGACGAUACUUUUGGACAUGUCGAGCCAGGAUUGUCUUCGUACGACGGCGACUCGGAGGGUGCUGCUAAGAGUCUUGACAAACUGUUAGAUCUCGCUCUCAAGACUGUCCCUACCUACCUUCAUUCAAGUACACCAGUCGCGGUUAAGGCUACAGCGGGUUUGCGGCUCUUGGGAGAAGACAAGUCAGAGAUGAUUCUGGCGGCUGUUCGCAGGAGGCUUGGAUCCAUGUACCCAUUCCCUAUCGUCAAGGAUCAAGGAGUCGCUGUCAUGGAUGGCGCGGACGAAGGCGUGUAUGCAUGGGUCACAGUCAACUAUCUGCUGGGACGAUUCAAAUCUUUCAAGAAGAUACCGACUGUGGCGAUCUUGGAUCUCGGAGGCGCCUCGACACAAGUUGUUUUUGAACCACGCGUCGUGGGCGGACACUCGGUCGCACAAGGAGAUCACCGAUACCCGAUGAACUUUAACGGAAACGAAUAUGUUCUAUACCAACACUCUCACCUCGGCUACGGACUAAUCAUGGCGCGUUCUCAAAUCAACAACUAUGUCGUCGCCAAUCCUCUGGAUUCUAAUCAUGGAGUCUCUCUUGGCAACAAGGAAUAUGCGCAUCCUUGCCAACCGGUCGGCACUCGUCAGAACUUUGUGACCGCAGACAAUGAGCAGGUCGUUCUUGUGGGCGUUUCGGACCCAAUGGACCGGUGCAAAGCUAUGGUGGAGGCCAUAUUUUACAAGCACAAGAAGUGCGACAUGUCGCCCUGCUCUUUCAACGGAGUCUAUCAGCCGUCGCUUCACGCCACUUCCGAAGACGACAUUUACGCGUUUUCGUUCUUUUUCGAUCUGACGGCGCCUUUCCGACUUGGCAGUGCUACGCUGGCACAGGAGAUGACGAUCGGGGAAAUCGAGGAACUGGCGGAACGGGUCUGCAUUGGCGACGAGGAUGGCUUCCUUGAGUUUCAGGACUCUGCCGAGGCUAUGAAGGAGCUCCGCAAGUCUGCAAACAUCUGUAUGGAUCUGAGGUUCAUCUAUGGGCUCCUCCAGCAUGGUUAUGGCAUUCCCAAGGCACGCAAGAUCAAGCUGGCCAAGAAGCUGAAGGGAUACGAGACAGGUUGGACGGUCGGUGGAAGCAUUGCCAUUCUGGAGGACAAUUGGUUUGUUGGAUCGUUGAUCUGA